AUGUUAGCUAACGCCCCUGGUACAUUUCAACAUUGGAUCAAUGAUAUCUUACGUCCCUAUCUCGACCAAUUCAUAACGGCAUACUUAGACGAUAUCCUUAUCUACUCCGAGACUCUAUCAGAACAUAAAGAACACAUCCGAAAGGUUUUAAAGGUACUUGAUGAGAAUCAUGUUCACCUUAAACCUGAAAAAUGUGAAUUUAUGGUUCAAGAGACGAAAUAUCUUGGCUUAAUCCUUACCCCGAAUGGAAAUAGAAUGGACCCAAAGAAAGUUAUCGAUGUUUUGGAAUGGUCUACACCGACGAGCCUUCAUGAUGUUCAAGUAUUUCUAGGAUUUGGAAAUUUUUAUCGACGAUUCAUUCUCGGAUAUUCGAAAAUUGUUGCUCCACUUACAGCCUUGACAAAGAAAAAUGUUAAAUUCGAAUGGACGUAUGACAGGGAGGAAGCAUUUCAAACUUUGAAAAAGAUGUUUACAACGGCACCGACACUAGUUCAUUUUGAUCCGGAUCGGAGGAUUGUGAUAGAAACCGAUGCAUCUGAUUAUGUUUCAGCAGGAAUCCUAUCUCAACGUGAUGAUGAAGGAAUCCUACAUCCAGUCGCUUUCUUCUCCAAAAAACAUUCUCCUGCAGAAUGCAACUACGAAAUCUAUGACAAAGAACUCUCAGCAAUCAUACGAUGCUUUGAAGAAUGGCGACAUCACCUGGAGGGAGCCCAAUUCCCAAUUGAAGUUUUUAGCGACCAUCGAAAUCUGGAAUAUUUUAUGACAACAAAGUUAUUAAAUCGAAAACAGGGAGCGAAACCAGAUGCAUUGACUAGAAGGUCAGGUGACCUACCUAAAGAGGGGGAUGAACGGUUGACGCAUCAGAGUCAAGUGAUUUUGAAGCGAAAAAAUUUGAGUACAAAGCUAAGUUUGUUCGCGGGUUCUUUGUCAAAUGAAUCCGCUGAAGGAGCGUCCACUGUAGAGGAGUUAUUUUCAAAAGCUUACCAAGUUGAUAGUUUUCCAAAUAAGAUCCUCACUAUGCUUCGGAACGGCGUUCGCCACUCAAAUAAAAUUUCGCUUGCCGAAUGCACGGAAGACAACAACGGUCGGCUACUUUAUCGAGGCGCACUAUAUGUACCAGAGGACAAUGAUCUUCGGCUAAGGCUCCUAAAUAAACACCAUGACAAACUAUCGGCAGGUCAUCCAGGCAGAGCAAAGACCUUAGAACUCCUAAAUCGAGAAUAUUAUUGGCCACAAAUGCGGAAAUAUGUCGACCAGUAUGUUAGGAAUUGCAAUUGUACUCUUGUGAUCUGGUACGCAUCCCUCACAGCACCACGCAAUGCACCUUAUGGAGUACUCCGCCCGAUGCCAAUACCUGAUGGACCGUGGACGGAUGUGUCAAUGGAUUUUGUUACCGAUCUUCCUGAGAGUGAGGGAUAUGAUGCAAUCUUGGUCGUGGUUGAUAGGUUAACUAAAAUGCGACAUUUGAUACCAACAACCAAAGAAGUGGAUUCAAGGGAAGUGGCGAGGCUAUAUAUCGAUAAUGUUUGGAAGCUACAUGGAUUACCAGAUACUAUUGUAUCUGAUCGAGGAACACAGUUCGUUGCAGAAUUCUGGAGGUCGUUUUGUAAUCGUCUAGAAAUAUCACCAAAAUUCUCUACCGCAUUCCAUCCCCAAACAGACGGACAAACGGAAAGGAUUAAUGCCGUGAUGGAACAGUACCUCCGAAGCUAUGUUUCCUACCAACAGGACGAUUGGGCUCGAAUGUUACCAAUGGCUGAAUUUGAGACAAAUAAUCAUGCCUCUGAGACAACAAAGGUCUCCCCGUUUUAUGCCAAUUCGGGAAGAAAUCCAAGAAUGACCUUUGGUCUUUUAGAACAUGGUAGGACUACUGUGGAAGAUCAAGCUAAUAGCAUUGCAUGGAAAAUGAAAGAGAUAGUGGGAUUCCUAAAGGACGAGAUGUUCCGAGCGCAAAGAAUACAAGAAGAAUCCGCCAAUGCGAAUCGAACUCCAGCCCCUCGCUACAAUUUGGGAGAUAAAGUUUUUCUAUCGACACGCCAUAUUCUAACGAAGCGGCCUUCCAAGAAAUUCGAUUGGAAACGUAUUGGACCCUAUAGCAUUAAACGGAUCGUUCAUCCCUAUGCUUACGAAUUGGAACUUCCCCGGUCGAUGAAAAUACAUCCAGUAUUUCAUGUCUCAUUAUUGUCUCCUGAAGCAGGUAAUCCUUUACCUGGACAACAACAGUCGCCACCACCUCCGGUUGAGAUCGAAGGAGAAGAAGAAUGGGAAGUCGAAGAUAUUUUGGAUUCGAGGAAACGAAGAGGAAGGUUUGAGUACUUGGUACGAUAUAGAGGAUAUGAUGAAGCCUCCUGGCAACCACUAUCGGACCUUGAGCAUUCACCUGAUAUCGUCAAACGAUUCCAUGAGCAUUAUCCAGGGAAGCCUAAGCCUACCAGGAGGUAG